UAGACGCUUACACAUAUUUUUUUUUAACUUUAAAAAAAUUAACCUGCAAUUGUGUUCGUAGGAUAUCAGCCUUUAUGUGCAUCCAUUGAUUGUUUUAUAUAUGGAUGUUUUUCCUCAAGACUAAGUUAGAAAUGAAAAAUGUUUCAGUUUCGAGGUUCAGGUGUCUUCUUAUGGAUACUUUAUACGUUUAUUUCCAAGGUUUGUAAUUCCUCUGCCUUGAAAUGCUACGCUUCCCAGCCGACUGGAACUGAAGUCCAGAAAUGCCCUUUGACUCCGAAAGAACUUGAAGAAGCUGCACAGCGGAAAAACUGUGAGAUUAUUGCGCUUUCUCAAAAUUGCACGAAGCCUGAAAAUUUUAAGUAUCACUGUGUACUCAGUAUGAACAGGCAAUCUCUGAUGGAAGUUUGUGCACCAUACAUCUUUUCCCAAGGACAUUGUGUUGGCUUUGACACGCUAGGACUACUAAUUCAGCAGAUAUUUGAUAGUUCUUGUACUAAAUUCCCAGACCCUUGUCCUAUUAGAUUUGCUUCUUGGAACUCAUCAGCUUGUAUGUUGCAAUUAUUAUAUAAAAACAUUUCAGGUUGCUAUGAACUCAUAGAAAACAAGCAGAGGAAACCCAACGCUGGAGGAGCUGAGACAACUGCAGUGUGGAUUGGUGUCUCGUGUGGAACCUUUAUAUUUGGCUUAAUAAUGACAGUAUUGGUGCAAACGUUGUGUAGAAGACUAAAAGAUUAUAAAAAAAGAAAAGGGAAAAUUACUGAAAAUCAGAAUGAAAAUGACAAUUCCAAGGCAUUAUUAUGUGAUAUCAACGAGGAAACUGAUAUUUCUCUCACGAGAUAUGACGCUUCAGGAUUCGAUAAAGAGGGCUUUGAUAAAGUUAUCAAAGACUUUCAUUUAACGAGCGUUGAGGAAUUAUUUAAACAACACCAUAUUGACUGUGUUGUUACCUUUCUUGGUUUGGAUAAUGACAAACUGCAGAGCCUUGGGUUAGAUAUAGGCCAGCAGGAAAAAUGUAAAAACGCUAUUCGAAGAAUACAGUGUGCUUCCAACAACAAAAUGAGACGCCACAAGGGAGACAGUCAGACCAGCAUGUCCAUUAGUGAAAGAUCCGAGUCCAGAGACCAAUUUCCGUCAGCACAAUCUGUGCCUACAUCUACAGAGAAAAAGAAAAGGCCUCCUCAUAAAAGAACAUUAUCUUAUCCUACCUGAAACGUUUACACUGAUUAAAUAAACAAAUAAAAUUAAAACUGAAAUAUAAUUAUAUGGUUUCUUUACAUUUCGAGUAUUUAUUAUUUUAGUAAAACAAAACACCAUUUCUUUUCAUGAAGUUUAUAAAAAAUUCCUUUUGAAAGUUUAACUUUGCCACAUUAACAUUUUCUAGUAGUAUUUGUCUUUAAAGGAGAAGUUCUGAUCUCAUUAGAAAAAGUAUAAUUUUGCAAUAGCCAAUACUGUUUAUGAGAGGCUACAUAGACAAGCAAUCAAGUGUCAAUAUUCACUAAUAUAAGUUCAGUAACUCCUAUGAAAAAUAUUUCCAGAUAAUUUAUAUUAAGGUCAGGCGAUUCGAUGCCCGAAUAUCUGUUUUGUGUAGUUUUGCAAUGUAUUAAAAUUAUUCAAAGUUUUAGGUACAUUCCGAUUUUAAAACCAGUUUCUAAUUGUUUAAAAAAAAUGAAACGCCUAAAUUUAUUUAAGAAAAAUAAGUGUUUUCCCAAAAGGAGUAUGGAAGGAACACUACCUUCUGAUAUCUUGCACAAAUGUCUGGUGAC